AGUAACACUGAUUUCUGAAGUUUGGUAUAAUAAUUAAUAAUGGUUAAUUAUUAUUAUCUAUGUUAUGUAGUGGUAUUUUUACCUUUAGUGGCUUUGAUGAUUUUCCUACCCAGGUUUAUGAAGCAGCCAGAAGACAACCCGAACAAAGUAUAGUGCUUCGAACAGCAAGAUCUCCGGUUAUAACAUUGACGACGGACGUCUUCGUAGUAGAGGAGCUUUGAUCAAUUAGGGACAGGGAAAUGCUGUUGUUUUAGUCGCUUGGACAGGUGCAGUUUAUACGGGAGUUUCAACUAUGUGUAAUUCGGCAGCCUUCAUAUGGGCUCCGCAUGUAUGUGUAGCAUCUGUUGUUGGAGGACUAUUCGCUGUAGGCCUUGCUGGGUUUUUACUAGAAGGAAAGGGAGGAGUUAACAUUGUUUGGCACCACCCUCCACUAAGGAUGGACAUCCUUACGAAACCUGGUCUGCGAAUUGGGAGGCACUGUUACCAUGUACAUUCGAGGGACCUUUACACGUUGCUGGUGUACAUUCUGAUUUUGGUAUGAUGGAAGUGCCUUAUGGAAGAAGGGGUGUAUCGUCAUAUGUUACAUGCUGUACACAAGCAUUAUCCGGAUAACAGAAGAAGUGACGAUAUCACACAGAAUGAUGUUCACAUGUCAUAUGUGGCGUGAUGAACAAGAGAUAGCUUACAAUAAUUUGGAUAAAAAUGAAGCUGACUUAAACCAAGCCGCUAAUGAUUUUGGCUACAAGUGGGAGUACGAUCACCCGGAUAAUGACAAGGCUUGUUUUGCUUUUGGAGCUAAUCUCUUUGAAAGACUUAAUAAUGGACGCAUAGUAGGAGGCAAUUUAGCUGUACACCCUCAGCCCGGUCAGCUCCAGGUGUAUGAAGAUGAGUGUGAUCAACACCUUAAUAAUCCUAGUGAAGACAUGGGUUUACUACCUAUACAUUAAGGAAGUAGGUCUAUAGAUGGAGCUGAUAACUUGUUGGUUUGUGGUUCUAUAAAAUAAUGGUGUCUAUAUCUGAUUGUUAUUUUAAUACGAUAUUUUGGUCUCAU